UAGGGCUCAAUCCAAUUUUUCUAAACCAGACCGAUGGUGGAGAUCCAGAAGACGAUGAUAAUGAUGACGAUAGUAACAAGUUGUGUUCACCAGCCGACAUGCUUAUCAUACUAAUUCUGGUCUGUACCUUGCCUUUUGUAAUAUUUGUUGUACUGGAUUGUAUAUCGUUUUAUAUCGAUAUAUUUAUUUAUGUCCUGAUCGGUCUGCUCCUGAAUGCUUCAUUUACAACGAAAUACGUGAUUUUAUCGCUCAUGUUGGCUUUUUAUAUCCGUGAUUUAUUUGAAGGUGUGACCAAAAGCUACAUCAAGUUCAAUAACACCAUUAUUACCGAAGCGAUGAAGAAAACAAGAGGAGAUAUCCUCAAAGUGUCUCUUCUAAAUGAAAAUCUUCAGAAAAAUACAGUAUUUCAGUUGAUUGACGAGACACCUCUCGGGGAACCUGAUGCACAACAAGAAAGCGUCUCGCCAAGUGGCAACUUCAAGCUGACAUACGAGGAAGGCAACCUGUCGUGGAAAACCAAACGGUUGAUGUUCUUUCUUGACAGAAAAGAUACAUCAUAUAUACCGAGGAAGUUUUUCUCAGAAGCAUGUGUCAUGGACUGCGUUGGCAUACCGGGGCCACUCGAUCAGAACCUUAUUGAUGUUAUCAACAAUAUUCUACGGAUCUUUAGCUUCUUAUUCUUCAUUAUGCUUAUUGCCCUGGCUUUCAGCGAAGAGUCUGGAUCUCUGGGCACUAAUCAAACACUGGCAGCCAUAGCUGGAGGCUUGGUUCCCUGGUUAUUUAGGAAGUAUUUGCAGGCUCCCGAGGAUGCCGGUGUUGACAUAGAAAAUCUUCAUUUCCGUGAGGUUUUUAACGAUCUCAUCAGAAAAUACAAAGAGUCAUGGACUGUAGCCGAUAUUGAAAUAGCAAACGUUCAGGUGUCGGCCGACCAACCAGUCACUGUAACGGAUAUAGAAGGCGGUGAAAUUCGGGACCAGUCGGGGGAAAAGCUGUUAAAGGCAGAACGUUUUAGCUCUUUCUCGGAGACCGUUGAACCAGAAUCUGUAGCGAAGGACGAAGUGCCAGGUGAAAGUAGCGCUAAAAAGGAAAAGAAUGCAUAUGAGCCUGAAACUACAACUACUCGACAGAACUCACAAUCUGAUAACCAGGAUCAUUUAAUUGUGCUUGUCAACAGGAAUUCAUCGCGAUCUCUAGUAGUUUAGAUUGGAACGAACACCACGUUUGUUUCCCAUGAUAUUAAAAUAGAGAUAUCGACAUUUACUAUUCCGUGCUAGAUUGCGUUGCGCCAUUCGGCGAUUACAACUAAUAAGACAGACAGCUGAAAGACCUUGUGAAAUCGCGAAACGGAAACGUUACAUAUGUAUUGUAAUGUUUAAAAUCAAUUAACAGCAUACUACAGAAUGCCUUUGUAAGUAUAACAAAUCAGUUUUAAGCUCGCUUUCCAUGUACCUUUAGGCAAUUUAAAAAGUAGUUUUAAUUUAAUCAAUUGCCUUCCUGUUGGUGAUAUGUACCAAUUUAUCUCAUUUGAUGGAUACUUCCGCUAUGAUAAGUCUUCAUCGAGAUUAAACACGAUAUUUACAUGUUGCAAUCACUCAUCGAAACAUUGAUCAUGUCUUUUUUGUCUUAUCUCUAAUCAUGUAAUAUUGAAAAAAAGUAAUUUGGGUCAUUUUCCUUUUCCGCUGAUGGGCGUAGCCAGUCAAGGCUUUGUUGUCAUGUCAGGAAAAAAUGGGUUUGUGUAAAAGAUAACUGGAAAAAUAGGGGUGGAUUUUUCAUCCUUGUUUUGUCGCAAGGGGUUUGCUUUUGAGAUUUGGGGUGAUUAACUGUUGAUUUUUCAACAAUUUAUUCUGAAAUUCGUGAUCCUAAACAUGCUUAAAAUAUAGCAUCCUCUAAAAUGAUCCCUUAUGACAGUUAAAGGGUCUCUGGCGAAUGCGCGUGCUAGCCCGAAUACUGCACUACAUUUCUCCUUUUAAAGCUGGUGAAAAUUAACAGGAAUACCUGGGAUACAAAUAAUGUUGGUCCAACAGCUAUGUGGCAAUUUGCCACUUGUCUUUACGUUAGAUUUUUAUAAUGCAUUUGCCUUUAGAUCACAAUUUCAAACCUCUGAAUUUCAUCAAUGAAACAGAAAUUUCAAACAUUAAAGUUUUCUAUUACAUUUUAUUGUAAUUGCUCGUUUGGUAUUGUCAUGUAUUUUUGUAGAUCUGUGUUUAAAGUAUUUCUGACCAGAUGUCUUUUU